AUGGCCGAUAAAUUCAUCGUUGGAUUGAAAAGUCGGAGCGAUGAAGUCCGAUUAAGGGCUGCCAAAGAAUUACAACGCUCGAUAACAACAGAAUUACGUGAAGUAUCCAAUGAAGAAUAUCAAAGCUUUUGGGAUGAGUUAAAUCAUCAAAUUUUUGAGUUAGUUUCAAGUAGUGAUGUCCACGAGAAAAAAGGAGGCAUUUUGGCAAUAAUUAGUUUAAUUGGUGUGGAUGGAGGAAAUGCUCCAACCAAGAUUAGCCGAUUUGCUAAUUACUUGCGUAAUCUAUUGCCAUCGAGUGAUCCCUCUGUGAUGGAUAUGGCUUCCAAGGCCGUAGGAUUGUUAGCUUUAGCUGGUGGCACAUUUACUGCUGAAUAUGUCGAAUUUGAGGUUAAACGAGCUUUGGAAUGGUUAUCUGGUGAACGUCAUGAAGGAAGGCGCUUAGCAGCGGUUCUAGUUUUGCGUGAAUUAGCGGUGAAUGCUCCCACUUUUUUCUAUCAGCAAGUCCAAUCAUUUUUUGAUAAUAUCUUUAGUGCAGUCCGAGACCCUAAGCAAUCUAUUCGAGAGGCAGCUGUAGAAGCCUUGCAAGCUUGCUUUGUACUUACAUCUCAAAGAGAAACAAGUUCAGACCACUACCCUGUAUGGUAUCAGUCUGCGUAUGACGAAGCCUGGCGUGGAUUUCGUGAUCCUGGCUCUGGUAAAGAAAAAGGCGUUACUCUGAGCCGAGAUGAUAAAAUGCAUGGUUCGUUGUUAAUCAUUAACGAAUUGUUAAGAGCAAGUAGUAGCGAAGGAGAGCGAUUGCGACGUGAAAUGGAAGAAAUUAUGGUACAACAAUCAACAGCUGGUGUUGUUAUACGACAGCAUCCAAGCAUACAAAAGUCUGCAAUGUAUGGCAGCCCUGGUCAGCAGGCAUUAAAUUCCGGCCGAUUUCUUGAUUUAUUUGAUUCUGAGAAUAGUACUAGUAUUGAUUCUAAGUUACGAAAUCGCAUCGUCGGUUUCUGUCAAAGUCAAUUUUGUCGGACAUUCAUGCUUACCAAAUUCCCUGAGAUUUCUGUCCAAAUCAUGAAAUCUUUUCGAAAUCAUCGCAACAGCCUGAUUCAGCAAACACUACUGAUUAUUUUACCUCGAUUGUCUGCGUUCCAGCCGCAAAAAUUUGUUGAUACACUCUUGGAUGAUGCCAUCAAUCACUUACUGAGUUGUCUAAGGAAGGACAAGGAAAGAUCUUCCGCUUUUCUAGCUCUUGGAUUAUUAGCUGUCGCUGUAAAGAAAGAUAUUAAGCCAUAUAUUACAAAAAUUUUUGAGAAUAUUAAAGCUGCUUUGCCGCCCAAGGAAGUCGGACACAAGCGCCACAAAGUCGUUACAGUUGAUCCAUCAGUCUUCAUUUGUAUAAGUAUGCUAGGGCGCGCUCUUGGUGUAGAGAUCAAACGGGACAUUCGAGAACUGAUCGAUCCAAUGUUAUCGGUCGGCAUUAGCUCUAGUCUCGUUGCCUCUUUACGGGAUAUCUCAGUUCAAAUUCCUCCUUUAAAAAACGAUAUACAAGAAGGUUUACUUAAAAUCUUAUCGGUCGUACUAAUGCAUAAGCCUUUGCAUCAUCCUGGUAUGCCCAAAAGUAUGAUUCCGGCUCUAUCAAAGUCCGAUGACGUCUCUGAUGUAACUACCAUUACUCUCGCUAUACGUUGCCUUGUUAAUUUCGACUUUGAAGGAAAGUCUCUUACAGAAUUUAUCAAGUAUUGCGCAGAGAAUUAUUUAUUUAAUGACAAUAGAAUUAUUAGAAUAGAGGCAGUGCGGACAUGCUCUCAAUUAUUAAAACCAAUACCGCACCCUCUUGUUCUUGGCCAGCAGUAUGACGUCGUUAGUACAAAUUCAAUGCAUUUAGUUAAUGAAAUAUUAAUGAAAUUACUUACGGUUGGAAUAACAGACCCGGGUAAGCGAGUGCAAAUGAUGAAGCCAUUUGGAUUUAUAAUUUGUAAUGUAACGUUUGAAAUUAUGCAACUAAAUGAUAAGAAAUUGUCUGUAGAUCCCGACACUCGAUAUUGUGUUAUGUCAUCGUUGGACGAAAAAUUUGAUACCUAUUUGGCCCAGGCUGAAAAUUUGCAAAUGCUUUUCAUUGCUAUUAAUGAUGAGGUAUUCGAGAUUAGAGAGCUAGCGUUAUGCCAUAUUGGACGUUUAAGUAGUCUUAAUCCAGCGUACAUUAUGCCAUCCUUGCGAAAGACUCUAAUGCAGAUAUUAACAGAGCUUAAAUUUAGUGGACUUGGUCGCAAUAAGGAACAAAGUGCUCGCCUGUUAAGUCUCUUAAUAUCGAAUGCUCCUCGCCUAACCAGACCAUACGUCAAGCCAAUUAUAAAUACCUUAUUACCCAAGCUCAAAGAAAAUGAUCCUAACCCAGCUGUUGUUGUCAAUGUCUUAUCAGCAGUAGGCGAGCAAGCACAGGUCAGUGGAGAAGAAUUAAUAGAAUGGAUAGAAGACUUGUUCCCUAUUAUUUUGGAUAUACUGCAGGAUUCCUCCAGUUCUUCUCUAAACAAACGUGAAGUUGCUUUGCGUACCAUGGGUCAGGUUGUCGAAAGUACUGGAUAUGUUGUCGAACCCUAUAGUCGAUAUCCGAACUUAUUGGAGACUUUGCUUAGCUUUCUGAAGACAGAGCAGAGUAAGAGUAUACGGAGAGAAACUGUUAGAGUAUUAGGUCUUUUGGGAGCUCUCGAUCCUUAUAAACACAAGGUUGAUCGAAUGAAAAGAUCGAGCGAUAUUUACAAUGUUCAAGAUGUUCUCAUUCCGGAAACUAAAGGAUUAGCAGAUCCUUCCAGUAUCGGUGAAUUAAAUGUGACAGAGAUGCUCGUUUCAAUGAGCUCUGUGCAAAUGGAUGAAUUCUAUCCAGCUGUGGCGAUAGCGGCUUUAAUGAGAAUCCUUAAAGAUUCAUCUCUAUCGUCUCAUCAUAGUAUGGUAGUUCAAGCCUUCAGUUUUAUCAUCAAGAGUCUUAAAAUCAAAUGUGUGGCUUUUCUACCACAGAUUGUACCUACAUUUCUAAAUGUUGCGAGAUCAUGUGAUACCACUCUGAAGGAAUCUUUGCUUCAGAAGCUGGGUGUACUUAUCUCUCUUGCUAAACAACACAUUAGAAAUUACCUGGUAGAUAUCUUCCAAUUAAUUCAGGAAUGUUGGACAGUUAAUAAUCCUAUGCAAAACACGAUUAUAGCUUUGCUAGAGCAAAUGGCAAUAGCUCUAGGAAGUGAAUUUAAGGUUUAUCUGCCUCAAAUUAUACCGCAGAUAUUGAAAACCUUUAUUCACGAUAAUAGCCAUAAUCAAAUUGUUACAAAUAAGCUUUUAAUUGCAUUGCAAUCAUUUGGUAGCAACUUAGACGACUAUCUUCAUCUACUGUUACCACCUAUCGUGAAACUUUUCGAUUCCAGUAAUCAAGAUAUAUCGUUAACCGUACGAAAAACAUCAUUGGAAACUAUCGAUAAACUAAUCGAAUCAUUAGACUUCACCGAUUAUGCGUCGCGCCUCAUUCACCCAAUUAUCCGUGCAAUUGAUACCUUGCCCGAAGUCAGAUCGUCUGCGAUGGACGUCCUGUGCUCUUUAGCAUCACAAUUUAAUGGCAAAUACAAAAUAUUUAUUUCUAUGGUAAACAAGGUAUUGCAAAAACAUAGGAUACAACACUUAAAGUACGAAAGUGUUGUCAGUAAAGUUUUGAAGAGUUCUCAUACAGUUGACUCUGAAUCAGUAUUUUCGGCUCGCCCGCGGCGUUCGACAACUUUAAUGUCCGAAAUGGCUACUACUAAUAAUACUGAGAACAAUACCAUAAAAAAGCUCUAUGUUAGCGCUGAUAACUUGAAAAGGGCCUGGGAACCUGGAAGACGCGUUAAUAAAGAUGACUGGACAGAAUGGCUAAGACGGCUGAGCGUUGAAUUGUUGAAAGAAUCACCUUCUCCAGCAUUACGAUCUUGUUGGUCUUUAGCUCAAGCUUAUAGCCCGCUUGCUAGAGACCUUUUUAAUGCCGCAUUUGUUUCAUGUUGGUCUGAAUUAAAUGAAGAACAGCAGAAUUUAAAACAGGAUGAGUUAGUGCAAAGUAUUGAAAAGGCUUUGGAGUCUCAAAACAAUCCUGAAAUUACUCAAGCCUUGCUUAAUCUUGCCGAAUUCAUGGAACAUUGCGAUAAGGGCCCAUUGCCACUCAACAAUAAUGAGUUACUAGGUGACUGUGCUUUAAGGUGUAGAGCAUAUGCUAAAGCUCUCCAUUACAAAGAGGAAGAGUUUCAUCGAGAGCCGACUCCGAAAACAUUAGAGACAUUGAUAGGUAUCAAUAAUAAAUUACAACAGCCGGAAGCUGCCGCUGGAGUCUUAGAAUAUGCGAUGAAAAAUAUGGGUGCAAUGUCGGUAGAAGAAACUUGGUAUGAAGAGUUAAAUGAAUGGAAUAAGGCAUUAGAUGUUUAUCAGAAAAAGCAGGAGCAGGGUAGCGAUGAUAUUUCAAUUACACUUGGGCACAUGAGGUGCCUAGAAGCUCUUGGUGAAUGGGGACAGUUAUAUAAUAUAGCAUCUGAACGUUGGUCUAUUGUCGAUGACGAAACCAAACAAAAGAUGGCGCGGAUGGCUGCGGCUGCCGCAUGGGGUUUAGGCCAUUGGGAGAGCAUGGAAGAGUACAGUUGUUUAAUACCAAGAGAAACAUUAGAUGGUGCUUUUUACCGAGCAGUGCUUGCCCUUCAUCAAGAACAUCGCGUGUUGGCACAACAGUGUGUUGAUACUGCACGAGAUAUUCUCGACACUGAAUUAACGGCGAUGUCCAGUGAAAGUUAUAAUCGUGCCUAUGGAGCCAUGGUGACUGCACAAAUGUUAUCAGAGUUAGAGGAAAUUAUUCAAUACAACUUGAUACCUGAACGUAGAGCUGCUAUUAAGCAGAUAUGGUGGAGUCGUUUACAGGGAUGUCAAAAUCUUGUCGAAGAUUGGCAACGUAUUCUUCAGGUCCGAUCGUUGGUAAUAACUCCUCAAGAAGAUAUGGAAACCUGGUUGAAGUAUGCUAGCUUGUGCCGCAAGAGUAAGCGACAGGCGUUGUCUCAUAAGACACUAGCGCUACUAUUAGGAAGUGAUCCUUCCAAAUACACGGAUCAGCCCUUACCGACUAAAUAUCCUAAGGUUACAUUUUCGUAUAUGAAACAUAUGUGGCUUUCCGGUCAACAAGAGGAAGCAUUUCAGCACUUACAGUACUUUGUACAAACAAUGAUAACCCAAAAUGCUGCAGUGGCAUCCCUUAGCAGUAAUGAAGAAACUCAACAAAGUAUAAAGGAGGCAAAUAACCGUCUUCUAGCAAGGUGUUACUUGAAACUGGGUGAGUGGAUGUUAUCCUUAAGCCAAUUAAAUGAACAAACCAUUACCCAAAUUAUACAAUAUUAUGCAUGCGCUACUGAACAUGAUAAGAACUGGUACAAGGCAUGGCAUUCUUGGGCUUUUAUGAACUUUGAAGCGUUGCUAAAUAUGAAAAAUAAUGAGAAAUCUCAGCACACAAUUGUUUCGGAUGAUUCCAAGGCCGGUGUUUCUUUACAAAAUUAUGCUGUAUCGGCUGUAAAUGGAUUCGUAAGAUCUAUUACACUAUCCAAAGGCAAUUCUCUCCAAGAUACUCUUCGAUUGCUAACUAUUUGGUUCGACUAUGGUGAGUGGAAAAGAGUGAACGAAGCCUUAGUAGAUGGCUUGAAAGUUAUUCAAAUCGACACCUGGCUUCAGGUAAUACCGCAACUUAUUGCAAGAAUAGAUACUCCUAGGCCGGCUGUUGGUAAGCUGAUCACUCAGUUGCUUAUUGAUAUUGGAAAGCAACACCCGCAGGCCUUAAUUUAUCCUGUUACUGUAUCCGCAAAAUCAGCUAUAGCAGCUCGUCAAGAAGCCGCUAGUAGGAUCCUUAAUAAUAUGAGGGAGCACAGCCCGGUACUCGCUCAACAGGCUGUCAUGGUUAGCCAAGAAUUAAUAAGAGUUGCAAUACUAUGGCAUGAAAUGUGGCACGAAUCUCUAGAAGAAGCUUCACGACUAUAUUUUGGUGAGCAUAACAUUGAAGCCAUGUUUGCCGUAUUAGAACCUCUUCAUCAGAUUAUGCAGCAAGGACCACAAACGCUGAAGGAAACAUCAUUCAAUCAGGCCUAUGGUCGCGACUUGGCUGAAGCCCAGGAAUGGUGUAACAAAUAUAAGAAGUCAAAUAACGGUGCAGAUCUAACACAAGCCUGGGAUUUGUACUAUCACGUAUUCAGAAGAAUCUCAAAACAAUUAACACAGAUGACGUCUCUUGAGUUGCAGUACGUUUCACCUAAGCUCCUUGUCUGCCGGGAUCUAGAAUUAGCCGUUCCUGGAACUUAUCAACCUAAUAAAUCUAUCAUUAGAAUUCAGAAAGUUCAACCAUCAUUGCAAGUAAUAACAUCUAAACAACGUCCUCGAAAACUUUGCAUAUCAGGCUGUGAUGGCACCGAUUACAUGUUCUUGUUGAAGGGGCAUGAAGAUCUUCGUCAAGAUGAACGCGUUAUGCAGUUAUUUGGCCUUAUAAAUACGUUAUUAACGAACGAUCCGGAAACUUUUAAACGCCAUUUGAGGAUUCAGGGAUACUCUGUUACGCCGCUGUCGACAAAUUCUGGAUUAAUAAGUUGGGUAUCUCCUUGUGAUACACUCCAUGCGCUGAUUAGGGAUUAUCGUGAAAAGAAAAAAAUCUUGUUGAAUAUAGAACAUAGAAUAAUGUUACGGAUGGCACAAGAUUAUGAUCAUUUAACUCUGCUUCAGAAAGUUGAGGUAUUUGAGCACGCAAUGGAGCAUACGCAAGGUGACGAUCUUGCAAGGGUACUUUGGCUAAAAAGUCCUAGCUCAGAGGUUUGGUUUGAUCGUCGAACAAAUUAUACGCGUUCUUUAGCUGUGAUGUCUAUGGUUGGAUACAUUUUAGGUUUAGGAGAUAGGCAUCCAUCCAAUCUAAUGUUGCAUAGACUAUCUGGAAGGGUACUACAUAUCGAUUUUGGAGAUUGUUUUGAAGUUGCUAUGACACGUGAAAAAUUUCCUGAGAAAAUCCCUUUUAGAUUGACCCGAAUGCUAAUUAAUGCAAUGGAGGUAACUGGAAUAGAAGGAAAUUAUCGAACUACUUGUAAUAGUGUUAUGGAAGUCCUUAGAGAUAAUAAGGACAGUGUUAUGGCCGUAUUAGAAGCUUUUGUAUAUGAUCCACUCCUAAGUUGGCGACUCGUAGAAGGUGCUCCAAAGAAUAAACGUUCAAAAGGAGGAAAUCCAGGUGUUCUUGGCCAGGCGGAUAAGGUUUUAAUGGAUGACCGUGUUUGGUAUUCUUUAGAUAUAGCUGAUGUUACCUAUGUUGGCCAAAGUACAGCAAAGUCAUUUGCUGCUCAACGGGAAUUGAAAGAAGCUUUAGAUAGACAAAAUAAACCAGAAGAAUUAAAUAAGAAAGCUGUUGCCAUCAUCAACAGAGUCCGUGAUAAAUUAACUGGAACUGAUUUCUCGCGUCAUAAUACUCUCGAUGUACCUACACAAGUGGAUUUGUUGAUUAAGCAAGCUACGUCUCACGAAAAUUUAUGUCAAUGUUAUAUAGGGUGGAUGUUAGAUAUAUACUACGCAGUUUUAAGGAUGCCUUAUAUGCUCAAAAAGGCUUUAUAA